UGCGCAUGGUACCAGGUCGAAUGAGUAUUGCCCCGCAUUGCUAUCCAGCGGUAAACACAUGUACUCAAGCCUUUGACAAAGCACGGUAGGUUUGUUGUUGGCGCGUCUUGGACAUGGAAUCUAGUAGCAUGGAAUCUUGUAGCCACACCUUGUGUCUACGGGCAUGGACAUGAAGUCGCUCUUCGCGGAGGCUUGUGCAGCUCUCAUGUUGCACACUAGCGUGACCUGCAUACCCUUGACCUAUGUAUUGCUCAUCCAGGGGCAGACCAAUGGUGAUGCUGGCGCAAAGCGAUGCGAAUUGCCUCUCCACGGCCUAUCCCGCUCCGAGCCCGUGGUACGAGCAGCAGCACGGUCGACUACAAGCUGUGUGAACCAGCGGUGUCCUGUGCACGGAUGGGUUGCUGGCCGGAUGCCAGUGCCGUGGCCCCUGCAACGCCAAUGCGCAUGCACAUCUCCCGCUGGUGCCGCUCGUUCCAAGGCACACGGAUGCGUGCGUACCAAUUCAGAGACUUCAGAUGUGGCGUCGAGGCGCGCGAUGAUGGCCGUCGAGACGAUGGCCAGAGCUAGGCAGGCAAGGCUGGCAAGCCACGGCGGAUCCGCAAAUGGGCAGGCGAAAGAGGUUCUUGCAAGGUGGUGAGACUGGCAACAAGGAGAUCGCGUCAUGGUGACCGACUGCCAUGACCUAAUCCACGACGCCACAGCAGCGCUAACGGCAGCCAUGCAAUGUGGGUCGGACGUCUGGACUACGGCGCAACGUGCUCUCGAUGCCGUCGUGUGUUUGCAGACGCCGCUGCGGCGUGCCUGGCGUGGCCUCGCAGCUCCGCUUCGUCAAAGGCAGAGCC